AGGAAAUGUUUCAAAGCCCAAUACUUUGGUCUUUGUGAUAAUUUAAUUAUUAAAUUAAUGAUUUGCAUAGUGACACUAUAUAUAUAAAACAUAUGCCGACAAUAAGAGCUCAAUCAAAACCCUACUACUUCCCAUUUUGACUCCCCAUUUUGAAAGGUUGAGAUGGAAACAUGCUGGAUUGAACACAAGUCAUACUGUGUAGAGGGAAUACAAGUCAUUGCUGCCGUAUGAAGGAGGUAAACAAAUGUAAACAAUGAAAAUUUUUAUGCAAGCAAUUCGUUGCCUCUUUGUAUAGGUAUUUAGUUGUCACUUUUAGAUAAAUUUUAUGCAAAGAAUGUGUUGAAAGAAAAGUGCAUACCUUAAGUAGCUGCACAAGUUUGGAUAUUUUAAGUACCUGCAUAAGUUUGCCUAUCUUAUGUUGCUCCAUAAGAUAGCAUACCUGCUAAAAAAAUGAUAUACUUUAAUGUAGCUCCACAAUUUUACUGAAAAGAAAAUGAUUGCAUAUGUAAAUGUAUAAUGGUUGGUUCAGUUGUGUGGUUGUUUUCUUUUAAUAAUUUCACUUAGAAUUGAAAGAAGAUAUAAGUUUACUCUAUAUUUUGAUGAAUGAUAGAUGCACUUAUCAUAAACUGAAAAAGACGGUUUCCAUAAAAGUUAACUUACGUUUUGUCAUACAUCUCUGUUUAUUGUACACAUUGUUGAGGUCAAAUUACAUACUCUCACUUCUUAAAAAUUUGUGAAGGUACCUGUUAAAGCAUUAGAUGGUUUAGAGGCUUAUAUCUUUCAUUCAUUGAAUGUAGCAUAUUUUGCACACCUUAAGGUACUCCAAACUUUUGCAGAACCAUUAGGAAAAAAAUAUAAAUGGUCAAGCUUACAAAGAGUGCACAAUUUGGGAGAAAAAGAGGUGUAGCUGUCACCAAUGAUAAAGAUUUACAAAAUAAUGGAAGUACUUCAGAAUCUAUACAAAGUAGGGGAAAAAACACUUAUCUCUCCAAAUUCGUUGAAGAUUGUGGCUGAGAUCCUUCAGAUUUCUCCGAAAAUGAAAUCGGGAAAUGUAUUGAUUGUCGUUUCUGCCGGUGUGGUUCACGUAGAAGAUGAAGAUGGCUUAUUAUUUUGCUGCUGAUCCUUCAGAUUGUGGCUGCUAUCCUUCAGAUUUCUGCUGCUAUACGUUCCAGAGGAGAGAUAGUAUUGAAUGUUGCAUCGAGUGGAAUCGCGUCGCUAUUGCUCCCAGGAGGUCGAACUGCCCAUUCUCGGUUUAAGAUUCCAAUCCAUCCCAAUGAAGAUUCUACGUGCAAUAUAAAACAAGGUAGUGCUCUUGCUGAACUUCUGGUCAAAUGUAAGCUUAUAGUUUGGGAUGAAGCUCCAAUGGUGCAUAAACAUUGCUUUGAAGCUUUAGACCGAACUCUACGUGAUAUUUUGCGGUUUCAAAACCCAAGAAGUCUUGAAAUACCCUUUGGUGGAAAGACAAUAGUGUUUGGUGGAGAUUUCAGACAAAUCCUACCUGUCAUACCUAAGGGAACCAGGCAAGAUAUUGUGAAUGCAUCUAUAAAUUCUUCCUAUUUGUGGCAGCAUACACAUGUCAUGCGUUUAACUAAAAAUUUGAGACUUCUUCAUUUGCCAGCUAACGAUCAAACAGAAUAUUUGGUAAAGUUUUCCGAAUGGAUUGCAAGCAUUGGUGAUGGCACCAUUGGAGGACCAAAUGAUGGUUUUGUGGAGAUUGAGAUUCCAGAUGAAUUUUUAUUAAAAGAUUUUGACGAUCCUAUAGCAAAAAUGGUUGAUUGUAUUUAUCCUUCCUUUGAUUCCGUUCAUGAAGAUCCCAACUAUUUAAAAAAUAGAGCAAUAUUGGCCCCCACCCUCCAAGUUGUUGACAGCAUCAAUGAUUACAUGCUUUCCUUAAAUGGUUCUGAGAUGAAAACCUACCUUAGUUCUAACAGCCCGUGUAAAUCAGAUUCAAAUCCUGACUUUUUAGCCAACAUCCAUACUCCAGAAUUUUUGAAUGGUAUUAAAGUUUCAGGAGUUCCAAAUCAUGAACUGCAUCUUAAAGUUGGAACACCGGUGAUGCUAAUGCGGAACCUUGAUCAUUCUCAAGGGUUGUGUAAUGGGACCAGGAUGGUUAUUACCAGAUUAGGUAAGCAUAUUUUGGAAGCAAAAGUUUUGACAGGAUUGAGUGCAGGUGAGAAGGUUUUGAUACCGAGAAUGUCUUUGACUCCAUCUGAUGUGAGAUUGCCUUUCAAGUUUGAAAGAAGACAAUUUCCUUUGAUCGUCUCAUAUGCCAUGACGAUAAAUAAGAGUCAAGGACAAUCAUUGUCCAAUGUUGGAUUAGUCUUAAAAAAACCUGUUUUUAGUCAUGGUCAGUUAUACGUUGCGCUUUCACGUGUCACUAAUCCCACUGGUUUGAAAAUAGCUAUAUGUGACACAGAUGGGAAAAGUACCAAUGUAACGAUGAACGUUGUAUUUAAGAAAAUAUUCCGAAAUUUGUAAGACAAUUUGUUUUCAGGUUCUAUAAAUGUUCAUUUGUAUUUAUAUUGAUAUUAC